CAUUGAUACAAGCACACGAAGUAGAGCUACAAGCUUCGACGUGGAAACCAACAAGCUGAACCAACCUAACAAGGUCGUGAACAACAACAAUUAUACAGCAGGUGGAAAGAGCACCAACUUGUUUCCACCUGUGCACCAAGUGGAUCUGAAUUCGAAUUCGAGCACGAGUGAUUAUCCAACUACGAUUUUGGGUGGGGUCGAACUGGCCUCCAACAAAACUCCAAGCCCUGCACCAAUGAAACCCGCUUCCCCCGCAACGGGAAUCCGCGGAGCAGGGCCUCCCUUCUUGGAGUUGCCGCCAGUAGUUGUCGUUGCUCCAUCAGUUGGAAUAAGACAAAACUACAACUAUGCAAAACUGGACGUGACAGGAGAACAACAAGAGCGGAGAAAUUACCUUGCUCGGCUACAAAUGCUAGUACAAGAAGAAGAAGAAGCGGAAGAUGAUGAUCCUGAAGGCCGUGACCAAGUGAAUUGGAUGAAAAAUAACGAAGUCAAAAAUUGGAUGAAGCAGCCUCAACAAGAACAAUGCGGAGGUGCUAAUUAUCAACGUCCUUUGUCACCUGUUCCAAACAACAGCACUCGUCUUCCUCCAGUAGAG